AUGGAGGUUUACGUGAGAUUGAUCUUGGAAGAGAUUAACAUCAUGGGCCAAGUGUGUGAAGUGUGCUGCCCAGUCCCCGUCCGGCUGGUGAACGGGAACAACAUGUGCUCUGGGAGAGUCGAGGUCUAUCAUAACUCUACCUGGGGCACCGUCUGUGGCAGGAGCUGGAAUAGGAGUGAAGCGGACGUGGUCUGCAGGAUUUUGAACUGUGGGACAUCUGAGUCGGUAACAACAGAUGCCUCCUACGGAGAGGGCACUGGGAAGAUCUGGCUGGAUGGGGUGAAGUGUAAGGGGACAGAGCCUGCUCUCGACCAGUGCCCUGCCAGCCCAUGGGGGGUGAAUAACUGCUCCCACGCAGAGGACGCUGGAGUCUCCUGCACAGGCCCGGUCCCCGUCCGGCUGGUGAACGGGAACAACAUGUGCUCUGGGAGAGUCGAGGUCUAUCAUAACUCUACCUGGGGCACCGUCUGUGGCAGGAGCUGGAAUAGGAGUGAAGCGGAUGUGGUCUGCAGGAUUUUGAACUGUGGGACAUCUGAGUCGGUAACAACAGAUGCCUCCUACGGAGAGGGCACUGGGAAGAUCUGGCUGGAUGGGGUGAAGUGUAAGGGGACAGAGCCUGCUCUCGACCAGUGCCCUGCCAGCCCAUGGGGGGUGAAUAACUGCUCCCACGCAGAGGACGCUGGAGUCUCCUGCACAGGCCCAGUCCCCGUCCGGCUGGUGAACGGGAACAACAUGUGCUCUGGGAGAGUCGAGGUCUAUCAUAACUCUACCUGGGGCACCGUCUGUGGCAGGAGCUGGAAUAAGAUGGCGGCAGACGUGGUCUGCAGGAUUUUGAACUGUGGGACAUCUGAGUCGGUAACAACAGAUGCCUCCUACGGAGAGGGCACUGGGAAGAUCUGGCUGGAUUGGGUGAAGUGUAACGGGACAGAGCCUGCUCUCGACCAGUGCCCUGCCAGCCCAUGGGGGGUGAAUAACUGCUCCCACGCAGAGGACGCUGGAGUCUCCUGCACAGGGAAUUGA